AUGAAUAACUUCUUUUCUGCAAAAACCAAGGAGCCAGUUACUGAUGUUCAAUCACGAGUUCCUUGGGUUGAAAAAUACCGUCCAAAGAAUGUCAAUGAGAUUGUCUACCAGAAAGAAGUUGUCUCCGUCCUCAAGAAGGUUUUAGAAGGAUCUGAUAUGCCGAAUAUAUUGUUGUAUGGUCCUCCUGGCACUGGAAAAACCUCUGCAGCCAUUGCUUUUUGUCGACAGCUUUUCCCGAACUCAGAUUUGUUUCGAGAUCGUGUCCUCGAACUGAAUGCUUCUGAUGAAAGAGGCAUACAAGUAGUUCGUACAAGGAUCAAAGAGUUUGCACAUCGUGCUGUAUCGAAGGCAGGUGUACCACUGAAAAUUGUGAUCUUGGAUGAAGCUGAUGCUAUGACUGGCUCUGCACAAGCAGCAAUGCGAAGAAUAAUGGAGAAGUAUUGCAAAACAACGAGGUUCUUUCUGAUAUGUAAUUAUAUUUCUCGAAUUAUUGAUCCUCUCACGUCACGAUGUGCGAAAUUUCGCUUCAAACCGCUUCCAACGGAAUCGCAGCUAAAGAGAAUGCGUGAAAUUUGCGAUAAGGAGGGUGUCAAGAUUGACAAUACCACUCUUGAGACGCUUAUUACUUUAUGUGAAGGAGAUCUACGAAGAUCAAUAACGUACCUGCAGUCGGUGUCGUGUCGGGAUAACAUAACAAAUGACUACGUGUUAAAUAUGACUGGAUAUGUUGCCGAGGAAAACGCUCACCAUCUGCUAAAUGCCUGUCGUUCGUCAGAUAGUGACAGGCUAUUACUCGCGCUUGACAAUGUCUAUCGUGCAGGGUAUGCUGGACCUUCACUAAUUAACCAGAUUUAUGAUAAAUUACUAGACGAAGAUAGUAUCAGUGACAUCGACAAAGCUGAUAUCUUCGAGAAGAUGGCGGUGGGUUUUUAUUAUAUCUUGUAUCUGUUCUUUGAAUGA